AUGAAGACACGGCUCGCAGGUUUGGUGGCAGUCGGUGGGAGAGUGACGUCGAACGUCUCUAUAGAAGCCCAAGAUGGACUCGGCAUAAACCGGGGCGCCGCGUUCUUUCUCCACACCCACCACGACGCUCCCGAAGGUGAUGAGGCUCAAGUCCGGGCAGACUUCGAGCACACGCUGCGCAUGUCGUUCCGUUCUCAUAUUCCCCGCAUUCUCACGCGUACACCCUCGCCUGCACUGAGAGCAUUGUACCACGACUAUGUUCGCUAUCCGACUCCAGGUGGCAUCGUGCGCGUCCCCUUAUCGAGCCCGAAAGUAAUUGGGAUAGCCCAAUCAAGAGGAACCCGUCCGUACCAGGAGGACUUUUAUUCAUUCGCAACUCUCGGCAUAGACCCAGAAGAGUUGCAACUCACAGCGCGACGACACGCCGAAGUUGACUGGGACCCCAAGAAGGUGCCGGAUACUUUUGCCAAUGAGGUUGCUUUCUGCGGCAUAUACGACGGUCAUGGUGGUUCCACGGUCUCUCAGUAUUUGCGACAAGAACUGCACGGACUAUUUGAGUCCAUGACUACGGACGAGAUACCCGAACUUUAUGCCUGGGUCAAAGAGUUGGGAGGCUAUUUCAAGCGUUUCAACGGCGAACAGUUGCGCCCUUGGAUCAAUCCAGAUGUCUCGCAAGAACGGAUGGACCUACACGCUCGAGCUCUGGCUACCUUCUUUCAGGUCGACAGAAACCUGUCAUCUGAGCCUGCAGCCAAGACAUCUGGGUCGACAGCGUCUGUUGCCAUCAUUCAUACACUCGACGCACCAUUCAGGCCCUUCUUUUCGGCGGAGAGAGUGGCGCUGACGGUUGCGCACGUCGGUGAUACUAGGGUGCUAUUAUGCGCGGUACAGAAAGGAAGAGUGUUCUCGAUGACCGAGAAUCACCGCGCAGAGACCCGUAUUGAGUCGCAAAGGCUGCGGCGGAUGAUGGGCUUCGGGAUGAUGACCGAUUCUUUUGGCGACGCCCGCUGGAUGGGUGUACUACAGAAUACGCGGAGCUUGGGGGAUCUCAAGUGGAAGCCGUUUGGUGUGACUGCCGAACCCACUGUUCGUACACGGUAUCUUGACGGUCGCCAAUGGGCAUUCGCCGUGCUUGUUUCAGAUGGCAUUUCUGGUUGCGUCUCUGACCAAGAGAUUGUGGACCUUGCUCGUGACGCACCUGAUCCUCGUCGCGCUGCAGAUCGCAUCCUGCGUUUUGCCGAGACGAUGGGUAGUGAUGAUAACAUGACAGCUAUCGUCCUCCCGCUCGCUGGAUGGGGUACGGUCACAGGGCCCGAUAUGACACAGCAACUUCGUGAAUAUCGCACCCAGCAGAUGGACGGCGCAGAGAGACAGAAGCAGAUGUAUUGA